UUUAACCGCCGGCAUGAUUGUAUACACAACCGGAGAUGUACUGCACGUGCAUCUCCCAUCGACAAUCGAUUACCUUCGCGUCUUUUGUCCCUUCUCACACAAUCCCCGGUACAUAUAAUCGGCUAAUGCGUUUGUCAGCGGAAGUUGAUUGUAUCCCUUGUAGCCGCACAAUAUCGUCUUGUGAUGCUGUUAUAUAUAUAUAUGCACAUGUGCGUAACGCUGUUGUCCUUCAACAAUCCGCUAUUCUCCCACCCUUACAAAACACGCAUCGGUAUUCACAACAUUUUCCCCUGCUCGCGGCUUGUGAUGCGUCUGUCAGCGUUUUGUAAUUGGCGUUUUUAUGCUGCAUCGGGAAUUAAUUAAGCAUCGCGUUGCCGUCGUUUAUUUAGACAUUUCUGCGCCUCGAAAAAUAAUGCGACGGUUAUUUAUGUUGUGCCGGCUGAGUAUGCAGUUAUUUUAUCAACCCAUCAGUGAUUCGGUUUAACUAAGUUUGUCGUCUAGAACGCGGUAAAGUUCAGCUAUAACCGGGUUUAAUUAUGCUGUGGUAAUCAUUCUAUCCAUCGAUUAAUCGAUUAACCGGCAUUUACACUAUGAUCCGACUGAUGAUGCGCAGCUGCUGCCGUUCCCAGCAUCACACCACCGUGCGAUUUUGAAGGGAUACCCUUUAAUCCCUCCACCAUCUAGCCUCCUGCGCCCACCAGAAGUCGACCUGAUGUACUCGUGAUUACCCAUCACACAGCAAAAAUGCCGGUCUUAUUCAUGCUGGCGGCCAACCGCACCAACACCACCCUCCCCGGCCCCGUCGACAGCGUGACCCGGGAGGUGGUGACCCUCCUGAUCGGGGCGGCGAUUUCCCUGUCCAACGCCUUCAGCCUGGCCGUCUUCUGCCGCACCCUGCACCGCCAUCCCACCGUUCUGUGGUUCCUGUCGCUCUGCUGCUCUGACCUCCUCUUCGGCCUGUGCUGUCUCGUCCACCUCCCGGCGCUGCUGGUGCUCGGCCGGCCCUUCCCGCCCAUCACCUACCCCACCGUCCUCCUGGCCACCGUGACGGCCAACAUCUCCCCCUGCAGUCUGGCGGUGCUGAGCGCCGACCGGUGGGCGGCGGUGGAAUUCCCCCGGGGGUAUCUGCAGCAUCUGGCGGGGCCCGGUCCGCACCGGGCGCUGUGCGCCGGGCUGUGGGGGUACUUUGCCGUCGGGGCGGUCAUCUGUGUGACGUGUAUGCCGGUGGUGUUCGUCCAUCUCCCGGCUAUCAACAGCACCUUCCUGGCGACCUGGUCGACGUGGUACUCGGACUGGUUCUUCGCAUUACCAGUACCGCUGGCCAGCGGCGUACUACUGGUCACCCAGCUGCGGCUGGGCUAUCUCGCCGGCAAAUGGAAAUACCAGCGCCUGCUGCGCCGGAAACGCUCGGCCUCGUUGCUGCUGAAACUGCAGGCGGCGCAUCCCCACAUCACCAUCAUCUCGCAUCGAUCCCGGCUGACAACCGGCACCGGCAGCUCGUCCGCGGAGAGCACUCUCGUCGUGGCGCUGACGGAUGCGGAGCGGGAGCACGGUGAGGCGCGUGCCUGGGUGUACACGGCCGGCGAGGGAACACCGGCGGGGAAGGGCGCUCUUUCCGGCAUGCGGACGAUGUGGCAGCUGCGGCGCACGGUGGUGGUGGUGUCGGCGAACGUGCUGAUCUACCUGCUGAGCCAGCUGCCCAUGUUCAUCGUGCUGCGGCUGGAGCCCUCCCCCGGACCGGGUCCCUACCGGGUGCUGCUGCAGCUGGCCACCUACCUGACCAUCGCCAGCCACCUCUGGCCGCCCUUCAUCACCUACUCCACCUCGCUGCUCUACCGCCAGCAGGCCCACCAGCUCCUGGCCAGCGUCCUCCUCCACCGGCGGAAUAACACGUAAACCCUACUUUAACCGGGUAAAUCGGCUCGGUGGCAUGCGUGGAAUUGGCGUCCAGCUAAUGUACGGUCCUCCGUACGCGUUGCCAAGACGGGUACCCAGGCACAUUGUUCAAUACGGCGUCGAACCCUUUAAUUUUGUAUUCGUGAUUGAUCUCCUUUAAUUGAUUAGCUCUAUUUAGAACGCGAUCGAUCUUGUGGCGGCAGUUGAAAUAACGGCACUUAAUACUGGUUUGUGUACGUACGUUACAGCAAGCAUCACAAAUCUGCAUAUCUUAAUUACGGCUAAUUUAUUGCGUAUCCUUCAUGAUCAUUAUUUUUUUAU